UGGGAAGGUCCGGAUCGACCACCAACACUGAACAAUAUUUCACUCGAAAUCAAGAAAGGAAUGCUAGCAGCAGUGAUCGGUAGUGUUGGAUGUGGCAAAUCAAGUCUUUUGAUGGCCUUACUUGGUGAGAUGCGGAAAUUGAAAGGCAAAGUAAAGGUAAACGGCGACGUAGCAUAUGUCCCACAGCUAAGCUGGAUCAUCAACCAAACACUUCGUGAGAACGUUUUGUUUGCAAGGCAAUAUGAAAAAGACGACUACGACAUUGUUAUUGAUGCAUGUGCCCUCGGUCCCGAUAUUGACUCCUUGCAAAAUGGCGAUCUAACAGAAAUCGGUGAAAAGGGAAUAAAUCUGUCGGGUGGUCAAAAAGCGAGAGUGAGCCUUGCAAGAGCCGUGUACCAAGACUGUGAUCUCUACUUACUCGAUGAUCCACUCUCUGCUGUUGAUGCACACGUUGGAAAGAAGAUUUUUGAGCAUCUAAUUGGUCCGCAUGGACUGCUGGCAGAUAAAACUCGAAUUAUGGUUACGCAUGGUUUGCAUUACUUGAAGGAUGCCGAUAUGAUAAUUAUUAUGAAAGGUAACUACUCCGCUCUGGUCUCGAAGAAGACAUCAGUAGUUUUGUAG